AUGCCGCACUGCAUUAUUUACGUGCAUUUUAAAGAAGGAAUGUCGCAGGUGCUUGAACGGCUGCUGCCGGUGCUUCUCCGGCACCUCUCAGGGGAUAUCACAUUCACCACAAACGAACAUAACGGCGACUAUGACGACGGUGAUUCUAAUGACGAGAACGACAAGAGUGACGUGGUGGAUAUGGCGAAGAAGCGGAGGAAUAAGAAGUUUGGAACCAGCAGUAACAACAGUCCGGUCGAGCCGGAGAGGGCGCCGCGGCAGAAGGACCACGAGUUUUGCCAUCUAAAGGCUGAAGACAGUAAUGAGGGGCGCGAUCCAUGCGGUGGUGGCAAGAAGAUUGGCGGUGGUGGCAGCAGUGUUGCUGGUGGUGGUAUGCAUUAUAAGAGCGCCCAGCGUUGGCGGCGUUGUGUGGAAUUGUGGCGUCAUCUUUUAGGUUCAGAUCGACUGUUUCUUGCGCUGCUCUUUCACAGUGGUACCCUGUGGGCGGUGGAGUGGUGCCCGUCCACGGCGUUUUCAUCGCCAUCUGCGUCAGGGACAGGCACGGAGGAGGCGCGUUCGUGGUCAAAUGCUGUCUUAUGGUUCCUACAGCUUCAAGAGGCGGUGGCCACACCCACGAAAAUCAACAGCUGCAAUGAUGCGAAUAAAGAAGCUACUGGCGAUGGUGUUGCUCCUAGAAGCUACAGGAGAAAAACACAAUUCACGACACAUAUGCAUUCAGAGGACGAAGUGGCGGUGCAACGGGUGGCGAUGAAUUUACUGAGCGAGUGGUUUGCGAUUGUAGACAGCUGUGGGAAGCGUUUUGCACGUGCCUACUACUUUUCAUGUGCACUGAAGAUUGCCGCGCUUGUGGGGAACAUGGCGCUCGUGGAAGACAUUCCACACCUGCACGAUAUUGUGAUGCAGGAGCCGCGUUCCGUCUCGCAGUUCACCGCAUUCUGCAGUAUUCUCUGCUGUCUCCUUGUGGAGGAGGCGCAGCAACAGCAGCCAUUUCGCCUGAACCUGCCGCCGCCCUUCUUUUUAAUGAAUUUUAAUCUCGUUGGACGUGGGUCUCGUAUUGGUGUGUGGCUGCCACGAGGAUCCCCACGUGUUGUGAGCGGCACAUUGCGCUCUGCUGCAGCUGAUCGUGGCACAGUAACCACUGGUGGCAGUGCCGAUUGUGCCCAAGAGGGCCAAUUUCACUCAUGUGAAGUAUGCUCGCCUGGUGUCAUUCUACGCGUACCAUCGUCUUCAUCACAGAUAGAUGCCACGGGAGAUCUCAUACUUGGGGUGCGACUUCUUGACGAGGCAUAUGUGCAGGGGAUUGAUGUGUUGCCGCUCAUGCCACACGAUGAUAAUGAGGAGGAUGCUAGCAAUAAUGAUAACACCGGCGGUGGACGGCGGGGGACGCGAGGUGAGAGUGUCUCUGAAAAAAGGAGGCGAGUUUGUAACCGGCGAACAAAAGUCGUUUCUGCCGCUGCUGCUUCUGCGGAUGUUGAGUCCUCGCCCCGCCGGUGUUGGUCUACCUCUUCUCCGCUGACGCAAAUUUACGUGCGGGUGGAUCUUCUUUACCCACGAGCCGUUUCUGCGAUUGUUUCACCUCUGUCGUCAUUCUCACCCGCGUCUACGGGAGGUAGCGGGAGACGCCGGGGAAAUUAUCAACAUCAGCAUCAUGCACAGCAACCGACAAACGAGGAGACAAUUGUCAACACCGUCCCCCUACGACGGAGUUCCUGCAUUGCGGCCCAACGGGACCCCCUCGCAACGAUUGUGUUCUCACUCGCGACGACCGCGCGUCGCCUCAUGGGAUGCCGGGGUCUCUUCGUGGAGAAGCCACGGGAGCACUCGUUGUUAACGGCAGCGGCCGCUGUUGAAAAUGAGAAUAGCCAGGAAGAACGUGCUGUCGAAUGUCGGGGGAAACCCGCAAAGGGCCCUUUUGAUGUGGAUGGCAGGAGAGCAAGGCGACAGGCGUGGGGCACCGCUGAGGGUAGGAUGCAUACCACUGCCAAUGAAGUUCCGCCUACUGCUCUUGCCUUAUUUCCAACUGUAGAGGAGGAGCUGGAGUGCCUUGUUGAAUGCGCCAUUCAUCUUUUCCUAGAGGCGCUGUUGCUGUGUCGUGCGUUAUCGAGUGAUGUCAUACCACAGAUCGAUGCGUGGGCGAUGGAAGUGACGUCCAACACAGUUGACCUUGCCCUUGCCACUCCCCUGCCUGUUGUGCGGCACCUGCACGCUGUCGGGUACGCCCUUUGUCUUAUGCCGCAACCGCAUCAGUCACUGCUUGUCACUGUAGGUCUAUUUGCAACUCUCGCCCAACGCCAGCGGGAGAGUAAUAAAAAUGAAACCGACCGAAGCAAUUCCAUUGCUAGUUAUGACGGUGGGGGUAAAACGGGACAUUUGGGACAUGGCAGUGUUGGUUUCACAGGCUGGUGGGAGGUAUUCAAGGCGUGCGUGCUAAAGGACGCCGUCAUACCGGGCCAACUGUGUGGCGGCACAUGGGGACUGGUGGAGCGAGUGGAAAGGUCACUGUGCGUGACACCGCACGUGCGUCUCCACAGACAUCCACGUCAACCUCAACCGCCGCAAAGAGAUAAAGAGGGCACGCCUGCGGAGGGUGGCAGCACCAAAUCAACGAAUAAAGAGGUGGAUAAGGUGAAGAAAGAUGAACUUGCCUCACCUGACGACGCAGCACCACGUCGUCGUCUGGCGCUGCUGCACUCUCGCCGCCGCAUGGAGCAAGAUGGAUCUGUGAAGAAGCUGAAGCAUGAGAUUUCCGUCACACCCCCGUGGCUCCGCGCCGCCAGGGCGGUGGAGGUCCACACGUGCCAUCAUCAUCGAGAUCAACACGAAUCUUCGCUACAGGAAUGGAUUAUGGCAAUGUGGUGGUCAUUGGAGCGAGCAGCUACAGAUGCCGCCUAA